CCAUGCAUUGCGAGCCUCAUUUCGAGAUUUUACAAAACUCAGUCUCCCGAGGACAUUUCGCCUACAGCCUCUCGACAGCUUGCUCACCGAGUAGCUUAGUACAACCCUACGCAAUGUCGACUCCAGCCUCCAUUGACAACACUACGCCAACUUCGACGAGACGUUCUACUGCAUCGUCGCUAUUUAAUGAAUUUAAUGCUUCUUCACCGUCAUCCACUUCGUCCUCCAUGUCGUCGGCUCCAACUAGCAGACCAAAACGCUCGUCCAUGAAACCCAAUUUCAAGCCCAUGGAAUCUGUAGGAGCAAACCUGAACAGGAGAUCAGUACCACCCACAGUACGCUUCCUGGACCCAGAACCAAUAUCCAGGCCAGAAGCCAGACAACAACUAGAAGGAUUCAACCCCAUGGUAAAUCCACGGCUUACACCUCGACAUCUCCACAUUGCACGUAGCAUGUCAAAUCCAAGCAUGGGCGGCGUAAUACCACCAGCUCGUGUCGGCUCGGCCCAGCAGACGAGGCAGAAACUCGACAGACGCCUUUCCGCCCCUGUCCAACAUCAACUGCUAGAUCCUAGAUGGUCUAGCAUCCCGCCGCCAGCGCGCUCUAUACCCCCAAGAUUGUCUCCAGGCGCCCGCACAACAUCCUGCGGGUCCACAAUCUCAAACUCGUCAAUCCAGUCCGCGCCUGGAGCACUAUUUCCACCCGCUCAUUCAACUGCAUCCGGUCUCGAAGCCCAAUACAACCCCCUGCGGAAUCAUAUACCCUGCCUCUACCCAGGAUGCACAACGCACUACUCUCACGCCCAAGCAGGUCCAACGUACUACCACCCCCAAGAACCCUAUUUACUCUCUCGCCACCAAGUAUACUGUCCGCGCCACGCCACCAAAGACCUGAAGGAUGCGAACGCCAUAUGCAAAGAAGAGUGGGAGCGCAUGCGACAAAGCGCCGGCCGCAAGACACUUGGCGCCAUUUCCGUAGAAUUCGACGACUUCCUCAAGCACUUCAGGGAUGAGAGGCGAGGGGCGGGGCGCGCGCUGGACGACGGGAUGAAGAUGCGAGUACUCGGGCCUGCAAAGAGCGCAUUGAGUCCAAAGGGCAAGGAGGCGGAGAAAGACCCGGGGGAGUGGAGUUGGGAUUGGCGGUACACACCGCGGCCCUGCACGAAGAAAGAUUGUACCGCGCCGUUCUACUCGCCAUUCGCUAAUUAUAUUCACGCGUUUUAUGCGACGCGUCGUCACUCGUCGCUGCUGCCGCUUCAGUCGCUUUGCCCUUCGUGUUCGAGAGCGGAGGUUGAAGCGCUCGAGAAGGUUAUUUCUGAUAAGUGGGGGUCGAGGAGCGGUGGGUGGGACGAGGAAGAAUGGCAUAAGUGGUUUGGGAAUACGGUUCGAGAGCGUGACACGAAAGGGGGUUUUUGGGAGAAAGCGCAGGAGAAGAUCGUUAAGGAGAAAAGACAAGGGCAGAGUGUCAAUCAGAAGACAAGGAAAGAGGGUGAUAAUGUAGUGAUAGAAACGGGGAAGAAGGAGAAGAGGAAGAGUGUGUUUAGAAGGAUGCUGGGGUCAGCUUUCGAACGGAGCGUGCGUAAUGGAUAGCGAGGGGUUGAGAAGACUUAUUGGUAAUGUUCACUCUCAUCACAAUGAGCAUGAAGCUUGAACAGUAUCGAGUUUGUGGCAGUGUGCAGUUUUACAUUUGAAUACCCGA